UACGUGUGCAGCAGCGGCGGCGGCAGCAGCCAGCAGCAGUCAUCUUCGAGCUUUUGUCUACUACGUGAGGCUCUGCAUGUUCGCUGCUGGAAGGAACAACCACCGGAGAGAAGAGGUGUUGUUUUCCGGUCCGAAUAGACAACUUCUCUGAGAAAGUUGUGCGUCGGGCAAUGAGGGCUGCCGUGUGGCUCCAUGGCGGAGAAGUAAGAGGAGGUCAGGGCUUCACUUCAGCGAUCUGAGCUAAAAACGUCUGUGGAUAUAAAGGAGAAGGUGUCUUUGCGUUCACACAUGCUCCACAGAGUGGAGUGCUGAUCCGAGGAAAUAUGAUUUUCAGGAAUAUUCACCCGAGAACCUGCAGAGCAUGGCUGUCUCUGGUUUCCCCGAGGCAUGAGUCAUGUUUCUACUCCACCGUGCCCCUCCAGCCGGUACCCCCACUGACCCAGACCCUGCAGGGCUAUCUUUGGGCCCUGGAACCCCUGCUGCCCCCGGAGGAGCUCAACCACACCCGUAGGAUGGUGCAGGAGUUCGGGAGGCCCGGAGGGCUGGGACAGCAGCUGCAGGAGGGGCUGGAGAGAAGAGCCAGGCACACCAAGAACUGGAUCUCAGACUGGUGGGUGCAGUGGGCAUACCUGGAGAGCAGGCAGCCCCUCGCGGUUCACUCGAACCCGGCCAUCUCUCUGCCUCGCAGGGAUUAUAACGACUGGAGGAGCCAGCUGCUGUUUGCAUCCAAAUUGAUAGCAGCGGUUCUGGACUUCAAGGCCAAAAUGCACAAUGGGCAGCUGCCAGUCGAGUACAUGCGAAGGAAGCCUCUGUGCAUGGAGCUGUACCCGCUCCUCUUCUCCUCCUGCAGGAUUCCCGGACCCAAACACGACUAUGUUGCUCACUACGGCAACUCCCGGCGCUCGCCAACACACAUCACAGUGGUCAGGAACUACCAGUUCUUCCAGCUGGAGGUUUACAACAGCGACGGCUCGCGGAUGACUGAGAGCCAGAUCCACAGUCAGCUGCACAGAAUCAGGUCUCAGUCCUGGAAGACCGACAAGGAGCCUAUGGGCAUCCUGACCAGUGAACACCGCCACACGUGGGGGGAGGCGUACAACCGUCUGCUAAGAGACAAACUCAACCAAGAGUCGGUGCGGAUGAUAGAGACGGGGCUUUUCUCCCUGUGCUUGGAUUCUCCAGUCAUGAGGAUAUCGGAUGAGAAGUACGCCAGCCGUAAGGCAGCUCAGAUCCUGCAUGGAGGCGGAACGUACUCCAACAGCGGAAACCGAUGGUUUGACAAAACACUGCAGUUUGUGGUAGGCGAGGAUGGCUCAUGGGGUCUCCUGUACGAACAGGCCACUGCCGAGGGCCCGCCCAUAGCAAACCUGCUGCACCAUAUACUGGAGUACUGCGAGAAACCCGACCCAAAGAGGGCUCCACUCGUUCCUCUUCCGAUGCCCAAGAAGCUCUACUUCCACAUAGACCGAGACAUCAAGAGGGACAUAGAGCAGGCCAAGCAGAACCUGGACAUACUGAUCAACGACCUCGACGUCCAUGUGUUCAACUUUAAAAAGUUUGGUAAAGAGCUUCCCAAGGAGCACAACAUGAGUCCAAACUCCUUCAUCCAGGUCGCUGUGCAGCUCUCCUACUACAGAGUUCACAACGAGGUGUGUCCUGCCUGCGAUAUCGCCUCACAGAGGAUGUUUCGAGGAGGAAGGACCGAGUACAUCCGUUCGCCGACAAAUCAGGCGCUGAAGUUCAUCCUGGCCUUCGAUGAUCUGACUGUAUCGAGAGAAGCAAAGCUGGAGCUGCUCAUAGAAGCAGUGGAUGCUUAUUCCGAGCUGACUGCACAGGCUCUGAGAGGACAUGGUAUUGACUGCCAUCUGCUAGGGCUCAAGCUGCAGGCCAUCGAGGAAGGACGCAGCAUUCCCAAAAUCUUCAUGGACACAGCUUACGGCCUGGCGACGCACUGGAAGCUGCGGACAGGACAGGUACCCACGAACACCGACAGUGUGAUGUGUUUCGGGCCCCUCGUUCCCGACGGGUACGCCGUAUGCUACAACCCCCAAGCGGACCACGUCCACUUCGCCGUCACUGCCUUCAACUGCUGCGAGGACACAAACGCAGAGACAAUGGCUCGCACUUUGAAGGAAACCUUGUGCGACCUGCAGGAGCUGCUGCAGCCUACUGUGUAGAACUGCAGAUACUACAUCAUCAAACAUGAUGAUCCCUCUUUUCAAUAAGGAAAAACGAUGCUUUCUUAAUGUUUUCUAUGAGGCUUGUAUCUCAUUUAUGCUUCAUGUUACUCGUCCAUCAGAGCCUGAAGGCUGAACUCUGUGGCUUCUCAGUGCUUUUGAUCCAUUUUUUUGUUUUACUGUUAAUCCUACUCUUCAGUAUGAAAACUCUCUCUGUAAGUGAUUAAAAGCUGGCUUCAAAUAUGAAAGCGAUAAAAAAAAAACUACCUGACACUCCAGCAUUAACCAAAGCAUUAAAUCACUGCACUCCUAUUUUUACAAGUUAGGAGACGACCAGCCGCCUUCCCAGUACUUUCCACCAUAGAAGCACUGUUUGCUCUUACAGUGAAGUUAUUUGGAUGAUCUGAUUUUUGUACUUUCAGCCUCUAAAAUGGACCAAAGCAGGUUAAUAUAGAAGUUGAUAAGAAAUUAAGACGUUUCUUUGCGUCUGGCCCUGUUCAGGCAGGAUGUGCAUCUUAUUGGGGAAACGUGGGAGUUUUGCUACCACUAGGGUGAAACCUAAUUAACCAAUGUUAAAACUCAGAAUUUGAACCAAUCAAACCCUUGUCUUCACCCAGCGUUUGUGACGGUGCCAGUUUUAGACUUUUUAAUUAUGGUUCUGGCUGUAGGUAUGGUCAAAGUUAGGAGAGCAGCUAUUUUCUUACAGCCAUUUUCUGAUUUUUAUAAAGAUUCUGCCUUGCUUGAAAGUCCAUGUUCUCUCAUCUUUCCUGUCUUGAAGGGUAAGUAAUAGAUGUGGUUCUGUGCCGCAUCUGAUUUACAGAACAAGGAAAAACAAAAUAUUCUGUUUUACUAUUAAAGGUUCCUAGAAGAUCUGAUCAACUAAAAAAGGAAACAAGUAGCAACAGAAAUGCUUCAGCUACGUGUGUUUUAACAGAAAUUGUUGCAUUUUAAAACCUGGACUGAGUCACUUGUGAUGCAGGACCUCUUGAUAACAAAAGGUGUGAUCAUUUGACCUCAGUUUCUUUGCUGUGUGAGACAAAAUAAAACCCUUGGUGGCCAAUGGGAAAAAAAUUAGAA